UCAUCAGCACAAGUGAUUUCUAAUAAUCCAUCAAAUCAAUAUAAACUGUUUUGUGGAUUAACAUUAGCCAUUAUAUGUGUCUCCUUCUGUCACGGGGUCUAAUUGUUGAGGAUGUGAAGCAUGUCGCUCCCACCACUGCCCCAACUGUGCGUCUCUGACGUACGAACACGUGCUCCUGAUGUGCAGACAGAACAAGUGCCUGCCCGGUGCAAACUUCUGAAUAUGAGUCUUUUAGUUGUUCGCCUGCUCUUUUACGCACAUGUGCGCUGAUGCACAUUUCAAUCCGGGAUCUCGCUCGUUCGUGUGAGACAUAAACUUGCUGCAGGAGCAGGGGACACCGUCAGCUGCCGCGCAGACACGGAGGCAAGCUUCCGUCUUCUCCUGUCCUGUUUUGAACAGUAAACAGCGGAUGUGUGUUUCACGGUGCAGACGCACUGGGUCCUGUGUCUCGCCUCCCCGGAGCUCUGCGGCUACCUGGACACACAAUCUGGAUUAAGACUAAUGAACUGGGGCUAAAUAAUCUCCGCGGGAGCGUGUUUUUUUUUUUUUUUCCACGGGGGCGAUACGCGUCUCGUUGUCUCGCUGCGGGGUUUGUCUUCUCCACCCGGCUGAAGACGAUGUCUGUCCGAGGACACUUUGUCGCUUUUUACAAAUGCUCACUUCUGCUGUCUCUGAGGAUUUUGCUUCUUGUGCCUGCAGGGUUGCCAGUCCGCAGCCAAGGGGACUCUCAGUCCGACAACAAAGUCAUGGACAACAUCACCGUCCGACAAGGAGAGACGGUCUUUCUCAGGUGUGCACAGGGGGACGUUGUCACACACACAGCGUGGCUUAACCGGUCAAGUAUACUGUACGCCGGGGAAGACAAAUGGUCUGUGGAUCCCCGAGUGAGUCUGGUGAACCUUAAUCAAGAGGAGUUUACCAUCAAGAUUGAAAACGUGGAUAUGACGGAUGAGGGGCAGUAUGUGUGCGCAGUCCAGACAAGCAGUCGACCAAGAACCACCUCAGUGCAUGUCCUCGUCCAAGUACCGCCGAAAAUCAUCAACCUGUCAAGAGACAUUGUGGUAAACGAAGGCUCCAACGUCACCCUUAUGUGCCAAGCCAGCGGUAAACCAGAGCCUUCCAUCAGCUGGAAACUCAUCUCCUCAUCAGGGGACCUGGCAUCGGAAGACGAGUACCUGGAAAUCCCAUCCAUCACCAGACAGAGGGCAGGGACGUACGAAUGCACAGCUGUCAACGACAUUGACACAGAUGUUCAGACUGUAGACAUCACCGUCAACUAUGCUCCCACUGUGUCAGAGGGCAGAGAUGUUGGAGUGACUCUGGGCCAGAGAGGAGUGCUGGAGUGUGAAGCUGAUGCAGUGCCGGAGGCCGACUUUGAGUGGUAUAAAGAUGACCGAAGGAUCUUCAAUGGCUUUGAUGGCAUGGAGAUUGUGAACACUGCGUCACUGUCGAAGCUGGUGUUUUUUAAUGUUUCUGACGGAGAUUACAGCAACUACACCUGUGUUGCCGUCAACAAACUUGGGAGCUCAAACACAAGCUUCCUUUUGUAUGUGGUAAUUGAGCCCACUAGCUCAACGCUAUUGCAAGGACCGAGAGCAGUUCAGGAUGGUAGCGGUGGCGCACUGGGUGUCCACUCACACACCUGCCUCCUCCUCCUCCUCGUGCUUCUGCCCUUCCUGCUCAUAUUUUAAAGAGGAACGGAUUUGAACAUACACCUGUGUGUGUCUGUGUGUGUGUGUGUAUGUGUGUGUGUUUGUGUGUGUGUGUGUGUGUGUGUGUGAGUGAGUGAGUGAGUGUGCGGGCACGCACAUGUGCGCUUGUGAGUUUGUUCUUUUGGUUGUUUUUUUCUUUCAACCAGAACCAUAAACUGAUGCACAGUGAGUGCAUGAAGUACCAAGCUAUGUAAUGAUGUUGACACAUUAGAACAUUAGAUAAGUACAUCAGCUUAUUUUGUGUUGAUUUCCUUUUUUUGUUUUGUUUUAGUUUUUAAAGAUGUAACAGAUGUUUCAUAUCUUAACUGAAUUAUUUUGGAUAUUCUUUCUCACUAAAUUAUAGUAUUCAGUAUCAUCUCUUUUUCUCUGUCAAACGUUUAUUUUUCUUUAAAUGAGGCAUCUCUUAUUCAAAUGGAAUUGUUUUUAUUUUAACCGCAUUCCAUAUUCAUCUCAAAUCCAGGAAAAGGAAUUUUUUUUGUAAAAGAGGUGAAUGUUAAAUACCUCAAAGUCAAACAGAGACAGUGAAACAGAAGGAAUUGAGGUUACCCUUAGGCUGAAAGCCUGGUAUUAUCAUAUUCUAAUGUAUAAUAAUUAUCAUUCAGUCUGGUUGUUGAAAGCAGAAUUGUUUUUGACCUUCAAGUACUUUUGUUCUCAGCAUUAUAGUGGUAUACUUGCAGUUGUGACAUGCUAAAAUUUAAAUUUGAUUUCUCUGUUUUAUUUAGUUUAAAAUGUUUGAGAAGGGAAAAUAUGAAGCUGUAAUUAUUAGGACAAAUAUCCUAGUUUAACGUCUUUGUUGUAUUUUUUUUUUUUUCUUUACCAGUACAGUUGUACACAAUAAUGGUGUCAAGAAUAAUUAUGUUAUAAUUGAGUAGUGAAAAUGAAAGGAGACACUACUCUGCUUGUGUGGAGUCAAUGUCUGACUUGAGUGAUGCAAAUUGACUAAUGCUGUCGCUACUUGUUUGAACAUCAUGCAAUUUCUACACAACACAGCUGUUGAAAAAAAUGUUCCUGUUCAUGUUACAAACCAGCAGUGGAAGAUUAGAGACCACUCAGUAAGACCAUGUUAACGAAAUAAACACUCUGCAUGCAUUUAGACACCAAGAACCCAAAGACUUAAGAAGUUUAUACAGCAUCACACACGUCUGUUUCCUUGUCUUAGCACCAAACACAAACACCAUGAUUCAUGGUAUUGUCUUAUCACAAACACGUCUUGUUUUAAAAGGAGAUGAUGUCAGAGUGGGGGAAAAAAAUAGUUUCAAAUGAUUGACACCUUUUUAACCAAAAUGCAGUGUGUGGAACGUGACUGUGAACUUUCCGACUGUACAUGGCUUUUCUAGGUUUUACUGCAAAGAGAAAGGAUUGCAGCCUUACCGCACACUAAGGGAGUCAACUGCAAUAACUGAGAUUCCCCAGAGGUCUGUGCAAAAAAGGCUAAAACUGUGCUUAUCAGUCAAUAUAUAGCGUGUAUUAUCGGAAUAGACGAGGUCUAUGAGGAGACUUCUUAGUGUUUUAUUAUGGAGAGGGAUCCGUGCAGUAUUCCAGGCAGGAAACAAACACCACACCCCCGUUUUACUUCCUUAUUUUGUUGUGAACGCGAGGGUUUUAUGUAACGGUAACCUAUCCCAACACGACAGCAACCGCCAGCUUCUUGUGUUGGCAUGUGAUUUACACCAACUGCCAGAUCGCACUCCAGCGUUGAAAAAGAGCUGAGUGACAACAACAACAAAAAAGACAGGAUUUGGUGUCAGGCUACUUGUUUUGUAAUGUGGAGGAGAUUUUUCUUUUUCUUUUUUUUUUUUGUAGAUAGAUCAAUCUCUUGCAAAAUGCACCACACUUUGUGAGUUUGUUCCUCAAACACAACAAUCUACCGGCUGUUGGUUUGCGCGUGAGCUGCACUCCACACCAUUUGACUGAGUGCAGCUGGAAAGCAUUUGUGUGAUUCCAUUAACGCGACAUCAAGCAGGAACUGUGAGUUAAAACAAAUGAGUGUGCGUCUGUUAAGCGGUGGAGCGAUGAUGCACUUCUUCUAACAAUCUAACAGCUCUGAUUGUGUGUGUUUUCACAUGUGGUUGUUUCUAAAUGAAUACAAGCUUGGGCGACAUUGAUGCGACCCGACAGGUAACAAGCAAGGCAGAACUUCGCCUUUUUUUUUCCUUUUUUUAAAAGAAAAUUCCCAUCUUAUUUUCCUGAAUUACUGGUGGGGUCCUAGUUUUUCUUUCCAGCUCAUGGGAAUAACAAGGUUUGUGUUCUUUGAGGUGAAAAAAAUAUCCAGAUCAAAAAAGCAUGAAACAGAUAGGGCCAUUAUUGAUAUUGAUCAGGGUAAUCAUCAGCUGAAUCCGACAGGCUAAUCAUGGUUUGUUUUCUCAACCGAGACAAAGGCAGACAGACACCGCAGACUAUCAUUCAUCUCCAGCACUGUGAUGUUUGGAUUUGACAUGGUAAUUUUUCCAUCCUGGCCUGAAGGAUGGUGCAGAUGAUCGUCACUUUGUCGCAAGAUGAACCACUUCUAAUAGCUGCUGCACACUAGUGGAUAACCCAGUUUGCCAAUUCAGACAAUCUGGACUUGAGGCCACUCUGUUCCGAUUACCUGCCCAAAUACAAAAUAAUCCUAAUGCUACCGAUUAAGUUGGAUCCUCCCCGAUCUCGAAUAAUCAAAUCGUAUCUCGUAUAUCAAGCAUGUUUGGUAUUUACAAUAAUUGGCGGGGAGCAAAAGCGAGACAGAGAGCUGGAAAGCGUCACCAACUGGAUGUUGCGUACUUGUACAGCUGCGACUAAAACCAACAAUACAUUUCCAACUCUCCUCCAGAUCGCGCUGCAGAAUGUAUAUCCAUUCUCAGCCAUGACUACAUGUAAAACAGACACAUUACGUUGGUCCUCCAUGUUUGUGAUUCUCAAGUCAAGUUUAAUCACAGGAGUGUUCCACUCUCCUGGUCAGAAGGUGGCGGUAAUGCACCUAAACGUUGAUUGCCAAUCACCAAAUACAAAAACUGAAGCAGAGGAUACCGCGAGUUCCAAUGUGCGGUCUGACGUCCUGGCCAAAUUGUCCAGCGUGUGUUCUUGGUCUGCGGUCAAGUCUGUCAGGAGUUAAAAAUCCUCUAGUGUGCAGCUGCCCUAAGAUGAACUGUAGUCCGACCACACCCAGAGGAAGUCCGUGCUCCAGCCCCUUGGAUGUGUCUCUGUGAUGUAGCUGCUGUCAAAAGGCACAAACACUCACAGCGGCACUUGGAAUUCACUUGAAAGGUUGAAAAUGCAACUGAAUGUGAAAACACCUCACCUAAUUCUUUUCCUGCAAAUACCAAUUAACAAACACACACAUAUUCUCCUUUUUCUCACAUGCACAAACACAUGCCACAAAUUCUGCUAGGGUGAGGCAGUUUAAUCUACAUAUUAUUAUAGUCUAUUAUUUCUGGCCUACAUUUUGUAGAACUGCCAAGUCAAAACUGGGUCAUUUAUCUUAUUUCAUGUUUUUUGUUUUCAUUUAUUUACUACCUCUGAGCAGUUGUUUAGCAAUGUGUCCAAUUAUUUAAUGGAACUGAAAUUACCAUACCUGAAAGUAAGUUUGAUCUGGCUAUGGAUGUCAGUGUCAGAGUGAUGCUCAUUCACAGAAACCCAUGCUAUACCACGCAACUGUAUUAGUCAGUAGGUGUAUCACAGGACAGGACAAUACACACAGCAGAAUGUUAAUGCAGUUUAUUGCUUUGUCCUUUGGUAAUUGUGAUAUUGUGUAUUUUUAUUUCUUUAAUUUUAAAUGCAAUAAAGUAUCAUUUGUUUCAAGCCAAGCACACCAUUUUUAGGACAAGCCCAUGUAAGUGCUUACCUGCAGAGAAAAGAUGGAUUUGUAUAAACCAGCAGGGCUUGCAGGCAAAACAUAACAAGCUAUGCGUUUCUAGAUCACGUGAAAAUGAGAGGAUUUUAUUUAUGUAUCAAAGGUGUGGAGUUGGUCAUAUAGCUGACUGACUUCGCUCAAUUAUAGCACUUGGCCAACACAUGGCCAAUCUGGCAGCGAUUCAGAAUUGAGACUGCACUGAGCAGCGCAGACUAUAAACCAAAACUGAGCACUGUCACAUUCUACAUUUAAGUUGCAUCAUUAAAAGCAUCCCUGCUAAUUUUCAAUACCGAGCAACAAUGUUGUUUAUGACCUGCCAUGAGAUCUGUGGUCGCAGACAAAAUGUUGCAAACUGGGCUGAAGAAGCAGCACGGAGGACAAGAGCAGUCUGAUCUGUGAUCUGAGGAUGAAGUCCUCUGCCUUUUCAGUGGAAAUGGAAAGCAGUCGGCACCUGUCAGAUCACUGCAGGAAAUCCCACAAGAUCACAUUUGCUAAAGUUUUGCCCUUGGUCUGAGCCGCGCGCAGCCAAAAGAAAAGCAUCAUCUUCAUUUCCUUGAUCUGAAAUCCCUGCUGUUCCAAAUGUGUAAGAAGAGAGGACACGGAAUAAUCCAGAAAACCUAGCUCCUUCUUCAAAGCCUGUGUAAAGGAUGUCCAGAGAUUUGUUUGUAUGUGUAAGAAAGUCAUUGCCAAAACACAGAAGAAAAGAAAUUGAAUGUAGCAUUUAAUUGUGGAGUUAGAAUGUUAAACUGUUAUUAUCAUUUUUUUACGUUCAGGAUCUUUUGGGCAGGUCAGAAAUCACAGUUAAUGAUGCACUGUAGCAUAACCCGUCACCUAAUACUGUAACCUCAUGAAAACUAGAGUGCAUGUGGUUUUCCAACUGAUUUUGUGAAGAGCUGUGUUCAUAACGCGCUGAGGAUCACCUUUGACACCCGCCUCUGAUGUGACGAUUUGCAUUCAGUAGAUAUAUACAAGCUGAACCGACUAUCUCAUUCCUCGGCUUUCAUCUGUCUGGCCGACAUUUGGCACCACUGUUAACAGUACAUGUCCGACAAUGCGUGUGAGGUGCCUUGUGUGCCUGCGAUUUAUACGUGUGUAACGGCAAACAUUGAGGGACAGGUCACCUAAUUCAGACUUAGAGCUAAAUGCAGUGUACUGUUAAUGCAGCCCGGCUCUUCAGGACUUACAUACAGAUUUUUAAAAAUCAACAUUCUUUUGCUCCCAUGCUGAGCAACAGCAGCAGAGAACAUCAUCAUGGUCCAGCAAAGUGAACACCAGAAGAUAAGAUUCCUAUUUUAUUGGGGGGGCAAUUUCCAUAGCACACAUUCUUUCUGCACAGCAUUAAACAAAAAAUCAGCCUCUGUGCAAAGGCAAAGGCUCCAAAUUCCCACCACGCUCGACUUCUAAAAAGAAUAUGCAAGAUGCACAGCGAUUCUCAUUCAAGUCAAACUUAAAAUGAUAAAACCUAGCAACCCGGGGAGAGGAUGUGGGAAAGAUUUCUGAUCCUCCUCCAGUUCAAAUCGGAAACUGCACUAAAAAGACCUGAAUACACAUCCAUGUUCCUAUUUCUGUCCGACUCCAAUCAGCCAAUUCUGAAUCACAGCCCAUGAAGGCUUAUAUUUUGGAAGUGGUGCUGCAUAUUUAUGUUGAUAUGACCAAUUCCACUGUCUGUUGGAAGACUGCAUAGGGCACAUUCUUUCUUUUGGCCCAAUCACACAUUGGUCCAGUUGGAGCAUGGGCUGAUUGGAAAAAAGUGGUAUAUUUUUUUUCUUUGUUUCCAUAUGUGCAAAGUAAGAGAACAUUCUGUAACGAGAAUUUGACACCAUUCGAGAAAAUAAUGACCGAGCUUGUGUUGCACUUACCAGAUAGUACUAUUAAUUUUAGGUGUCGUGACAUUUGUGUGAUUUGCAUUGCAGUCUGGGAGAGAGGAUGUUUGGAUGUGAACUUUGGUUGGACAUGCAAAAUCGAACCUUUGUCUCAGCUGCCAGGGGAUGAUCAUAGCAGACGCAAGAAGUAGUCCCAUCAUGUGAUGUUUGCCUGGCUACAAGUUCACAGCGCUCUCUUUGUUCGGACUGUUCACAAGCGGAGGGAGACACCAUGCUGUUUGACUUCCUGCAUUGUAAAGGAUUGUUGGUUCAUAUGUAUUUUCUUG